GGCGGCGGCGAACCCCUCGCAUCGCCACGACUUCGAUGACGAUGGCGGCGGCGGCGAACCUCACGCGCCGCGCUGCAGUGGAGGCGGGACCUCGUCCGCGCUGCGGAGGCCUCGGCGCAUUCGACACCGUCUCCAUCACCCUCGAUGCGCGCCGUCGUCGUCCUCGUUGACGUCUGUCAGGAAUUGAAAGGGGAUCGAGCAAUUCCAAACAAAUACAACGACCAACUCUUACGGACGACGAGAAAGAUAGGCGAGGUACACCCCCGAUUUACUCUCUCUCCGAUACUUGGAAUCCAGCGAUGGCUUAAGCGUACAGUCGAUGCCUGACAACGUCGCAGAGGCCCGCGGCCGCACUGCCGGUGAACUAGGUGUCUUCACUAAUCCACAGACUAGAUCAUGUUCACUCAAAGGUUCACUGAAGCUGAAGAACCUAUUUGGAUACUGUGAGACCUGGGAUGCAUCAGGUGCCUUUGAAUUAGAUCAGACAAUAGAACUAAGUGCUCCGUUGGUGGCGCAGAUAUCAUUUUUGUCUCAAGACUGGUUCAAGUCCUCACUCAAAGAACACCUGAUGGGCGUUUCAGUUGGCUUGCUCUCAACCAUGAACCAUAACAUUUCUUACAAUCUGGCAUGGAGAACUUUAGCUGAUCCAGCACGCAUAUCAUCCAAUUCCAUACGAGAGCAGUUAGGACAUAGCCUUUUGUCCUCUAUUAAGUAUGCGUACAAGGUUGAUCAGAGGGACUCAAGCAUAAGACCAACACGUGGGUAUGCUUUCCUGUCGUCUUCUCAAGUUAGAGGUCUUGCUCCAGAAAGCAAAUAUUCACGGUUUGUAAGACAGGAAUUUGAUCUUCGAGUGGCUUUGCCUCUCGGUGUGCUGAAUGGUGCUCUCAAUGCCGGAGUGGCUGAGGGAGUCAUCCAUCCAUUGGAAUGGGGGCCUGCAGGAUCUGUCUCACCACUUGCAGAAAGGUUUUACUUGGGUGGCAACAGGUCCCUUGUUUGCCGCUUGGGCGGGCCGUCAUCGCUGUCAGGCUUCAAAGCAAGAGGUCUGGAGCCGAGAGACUUGCGAUCCUGUGGCCUCACUGAUUCUGAGAAUGGCGCUUCCACUUCUCCUGAGCUAGAUGGACUGGGAGGUGACAUAGCAGUCACAGCCUUUGCCGAUCUAUCAUUUGAUCUACUACCUCCGACAGAGGUAGUACCUCUGAAGCCACUCAGGGAUCUUGGAAUUCAUGGCCAUGCAUUUGCUUCAACUGGAAAUCUUGCUAAACUAACAGAGCGUGAUCUUCGGAAAUUUCCCCUUACUGAUUUCCUACAAACAUUCAGAAGUUUUGUGGGAUUUGGUGUAGUUGUGCCAACCAGACUGUUUCGCAUAGAGGUUUGCCUUCUGUGUUUUUUUUCAGUUGUGCCGCUAAAGUUACUGACGAAAUUUUCUCUUCCUGUCCAGAUGAAUUACUGCCACAUCCCAAAACAGUUCGAUCAUGACAAGGGGAAGACAGGCAUCCAGUUUAACUUCUCAUCACCCUAAAUUUAUUGGCAACAUUGUCCCUCUAAGAUGGCAUAUUCAUGUUCUUUUCCUCAUUAUUCUGAUCUUUUAUUUGAAGAGCAUGCCUAGAACUCUCUCGCGCAUAAAAGGAAAGUGUUACAUACUGUAAAUGACUUUGUUUGUCCUGGCUUAUUGAUUUAAUGUUGUGACUUGUAAAGCACAAAAGCAAAAGCACAAGA